AUGUACGCCAUUCAAAGUAGACAAGCAUGGUAUGCUAUUCGACGUAUAACUUCAUCGGUUGGUAGUGAAGUUUCCAAUAUAAUCAAUGAGAAGGAAUCGAUACCGGAAUUAAAGAAGAAAAUAGCUGUACUUGUUGUAAAUACCGGUACACCAUCUGGUUAUAAUUAUUGGCCAAUGAGGCGCUUCCUUCGGGAAUUUCUCAGUGAUCGACGAGUUAUCGAGUUACCCCGAAUCCUGUGGUGGCCCAUCUUACAUUUGUUUGUUCUGACAACAAGACCAUUCAUCUUCGGGAAAUGCUACAAAUCGAUUUGGAAUACCUCACAGAAUGAGUCUCCGUUACGCACUACGACCCGUAAUCAAGCGACUAAAUUGGCUAAUCGCUUGUGUGAUCAAUCGAUUACGGUUGAUUGGGCAUUUCGGUAUGGUGAGCCAAUUUUAGGAUGUGACAAGCUUGUCGUAUUUCCCUUAUUUCCUCAAUUCUCCGCUGUUACAAGUGCCUCCAUUUUCGAUGAAACUUGUCGUUGUUUGAUGAAGCAACGUCGUCAAAUGAUUUUAUCUGUGGUACCACCAUUUUAUGAUAACGAAUUGUACGUCAAAACAAUUCUUAAGUGUUUAAAUUCUGCUCAAAGAAAGUUUCGAGCACCACCACAAAUAAUCAUUGUCUCAUAUCAUGGAAUACCACUGUCAUAUCAGUCUAAUGGUGAUCCAUACGGAUUCCAGUGCAAACAUACAACAACACUGUUACGACAAAGAUGGCGAACUUCAAACUGUGACUUAAUAACGACAUUCCAGUCUCGAUUUGGACCCGGAGAAUGGUUGAAGCCAUACACUGAAGAUACCGUCAUAGAACUGGCCAAGCGUGGAGUGAAACGAAUCUUGGUAAUCGCACCCGGUUUCUUUAGCGAUUGUGUGGAAACGAUGGAAGAAUUGGGGGUUCAACUUGCCGAUUCUUUUCGAAAACACGGUGGAGAAGAAUACGUUUAUGUGCCGUGUUUGAAUGAUAGCACGGAGGCAAUCGACAUCCUUGAAUCACUUACUCGAAAACAUAUCGAAUGUUUUCUGUAACUUCCACUAGUUAGUAAUUAAUUUCCACAGAGCCAUACCGGACAUGUUUGUAAUCUAUUGAACAGGCAAACCAUAUCAAUCAAGAUUUAUUAUUAUAUUCUUUU